AACUUCCAUUCCGGUGCCACUGAGCCCCAGCAUACCAUCCACACGGCACACACUGUUGGUGCGUGAGGACGACGAAAAAGAGUGUUAAAAUUUGAGCGCAAUACAAUGUACGAUCACAUUUUGUUCUUGACUAUUUUUUUUUUAUUAUUGAAACGAAUGACAAGCUGUUAUUACUCAGAACUUUUUCCUACACCAGACAAAGGGCCUAACAACUGAGAGGAUUGUGGACAUUUUUUACUCUCCAUGCGCUGAUCAGAAGAAGUUUGGAAUAGUCAGCAGAGACAACAGGGCACGACACUUCACCACGAUAAUGACUCCUGGGAGAUUUACCUUCAUAAAGAGCCCGACGGAAACAUUAAAUUCAGAGUGAAGGUUUCAAGGCAGACGGGAUUCUAACGAACAGCGUGGCCUUCAGAUCCACUUUGUAGGCCAUUAAGUUCAACCACCUAGUGAUGGAUUCACCGGGCGGCCCAUACCUGAACACGAGGGCGCUCCUCUCACCUCUCGGCGCUACCCGCCUUUGCCAGCUGGCGAUGGGUUGUGCCGUCAUCGCCAUGGUGAUCCACACUGCGGGCUACAGCGGUUCCCACGGUGUGUUCUGCAUGGCCGUAUGGUGCUUCUGCUUUGCCAUGUCGGUGGUGAUCUUCUUCUUGGAUGCCACACGUCUCUACAGCUGCCUGCCAAUUUCUUGGGACAACCUCACCGUCACAUGUGCUGCCUUUGCCACACUUGUGUAUGUGACGGCCUCUGUGGUCUACCCGCUCUUCUUCGUCCGAUCCGAGUGCCCCUACGCUGGCUGCGAUGUCCGCAAUUUCCGCAUUGCGGUCACUGUCUGCUCCAUCCUGGGGACUCUGGCCUACGGGGUCGAGGUGGCCCUGUGCCGAGCCAGACCGGGACAAGCCGUAGUAGGCUACAUGGCCACGGUCUCGGGCCUCCUCAAAGUAGUCCAAGGCUUUGUGGCCUGCAUUAUCUUUGGCGCUCUGGCCAACGGGAGUCAGUACUCCCUCUACGCCGCCACCAUCUACUGCGUUGCUGUCUACGCUUUCUGCUUUGCCCUGACUACACUGGUGGUCAUCAUGACGCUGUGCGGGCGUACCAAAACGGUGCGCUGUAUGUCCUUUGAUCGCUUCGUAGUGGUGUGCACCUUGCUGGAGGUGCUGCUCUACCUCAGCGCAUCGGUGGUGUGGCCCGUGUUCUGCUUCGACACCAAAUACGGCUCACCCUGGCGACCGUCCUCGUGUCCUCAAGGGAAGUGUCCAUGGGACAGCAAAGUGGUGGUGGCCGUUUUCUCCGUUGUCAACUUGACGCUCUAUGUGGCGGACCUGGUCUACUCGCAGAGGAUACGAUUUGCCCCUUCACAUUUGGCCUCACGUAGGCCCUAACACAGACUUUUAAUUUUGUCAGGCAGCUGAAUGUUUUUUUGUAUCAUCACAAGACAUUUACCACAUCCUGGCAUGCAUAUCACAAGGGACAUUUUGAUAACAUUGAUGACGAUUUACUAUACUAUACUGUUCAAUCUGGAUGCUCUCAGGAAUGUGAACUUGGAAUGUAAUCGACACAUGCGCUCAAAACCACACCCCAACCACACAUCUUUGAACUGACCCUUCUUGACCUCUUAGGGGAUUAGGCUGACUAGACUGCCUCACCCAAACAGCCGCUUGCUACGUGCUGUCAAAUCAGCUUUGAAUUGGGCGGUCACGUGGUCCAACACUUAUUUUCUUUUUUUAUCCUUUGCAAAAUAAUACAUACAAGUUUGUAAUAUAAAUAGCAGAUAUGCGACUGGUAUCUGCGGUAUGGCUGUUAUCUGAAAAACUUACACCAGAUGAUAGAAAUGAUAUUACCAAUAAUAAACACGUGGCUUUUCUGCACUAAAAGUAAAUGACUGUGAAUGUGCCCCAUAAAAAUGGUAAAGUUAAAACACACAACAUUUAUGAUUGCACAAUUCAAACAUGGGCAGGGUGACACAAAUACCGUAUGUUUGCACACACUUUCAAAGUACACAUGAACCCGUCAGCAUCAUGUCCCUGUUUUAUUAUACUUUUUAAGUC